AUGAGUAGGGUCAAUUUGACAGUUUCUCCCCCCCCCCAAUGUAUUUCUACAAUAUUUUCUCAAUAGAUUUCUCAAUUAGUCCACAAGAGCAUUUUCUCAUAGUGCAGUUCUGGCAAAUGCCCGAUGGGCUGGUCCAUACACCUGGCAGAUUCCUGUUCCCAGUACGUCCCUGUAUUCGGGUUUACAUUUGUCAGGGUUGCACUGCAUUUGAUGCCCUCGUUAUUACACACUGACUGAUGAAACAAAAUAUACGCAUACAUGAUGACACAUAUCCCACCGCUGCCACCAAAUGUGAUUAAGCUGGCCGUUACCUCAUACACAAAAUAAAAUAUGGGGACUGAUCAAGUUUUUUUAGGUGAAAUAUAGAGGAAAUUCAGCAAUUCUUGGAGAGAAAUUGAAGUUGAUAAAAUGUUUAUUUAUUGUUAAAACCAGUGCGUUUCAGCCCGUAGCUUCCAUAAGGGUUUCAGUUCUUUAGGGGUCUUUUAGGUGAGAAUGUUCUGUCAUUCUCAGUAUGAAAACGUGCAAUCAUACACAUAUUUUGCCCAACAGUGAUAUAUUUAUUUAUUUUUUGUCACAUGUUACACUUUAAACUCAGAAAUACAGUUUUCUAGACAAAUAUAGUGUCAAGAAACAGGCAUUUAAGUAUGAACCAAAUACACAUCCAUGAGCAUUCCAAAGAGAUUCAUAAAUGCUUUGAGCUUUUGAAAACAAUCACUUGUUGGCAUAUAGCACAGGUGUCAAACAUACGGCCCACAGGCCAGAUCCGGCCUGCAAGGAGGUCCAAUCCGGCCCGCGGGUGGUAAUGGAACUACAUUUAUAAAUGUUCUUGACUGUGUCCAGCUCACUAAUAAUCAUCUAAUUGAAAGCUAGACAGUCAGGGAGCAUCGAAAAGUACCAAAAUGAUGGAUAGAGGACUAUGUUUUGAGUUUGACACCCCUGGUUGAAUGAAGAUCAUGAUGAGUUGAUUAUUGGAAACAGGUAUGUUAGUGCUAAGUUGGGGAAAACGCCUACACAUCCAGUAGCUCCCUAGAGUUGGAGAACCCUGAUUACAUAACAAACUGUGCAUGCUGAAAAUAAAAGAUAACGUGUGAAUGUUUAUGCAAUGAUUAUGAACGUGUCAUCAAUUGCUUACUAAGUGCUACUGUAUAUGUCUAGUGGGAGGCCCACACACAUACUGUAAGGACAGUAACAGUUUUUUUUAUUCCCCUGCGCCCAACACUAGAGGGUGCCACAACUCAUCCCUGUGCUCAAAACAUCCUAACACAGAGCAGAGUAUGUACACUAUAUAUACAAAUGCAUGUGGACACCCCUUCAAAUUAGUGGAUUUGGCUAUUUCAGCCACACCCAUUGGUGACAGGUGGAUAAAAUCGAGCACAUAGCCAUGCAAUCACCAUAGACAAACAUUGGCAGUAGAAUGGCCUUACUGAAGAGCUCAGUGACUUUCAAUGUGGCACCGUCAUAAGAUGCCACCUUUCCAACAAGUCAGUUCGUCAAAUUUCUGCCCUGCUAGAGCUGCCCCGGUCAAGUGUAAGUGCUGUUAUUGUGAAGUGGAAACGUUUAGGAGCAACAACAGCUCAGCCACGAAGUGGUAGGCCACACAAGCUCACAGAACGGGACCGCCGAGUGCUGAAGUGCGUAGCACGUAAAAAUCAACUGUCCUCGGUUGCAACAAUCACUACUGAGUUCCAAAUUGCCCCUGGAAGCAACGUCACCACAAGAACUGUUCGUUCAGAGCAGCCGCACACAAGCCUAAGAUCACCAUGCGCAAUGCCAAGUAUGGGCUGGAGUGGUGUAAAGCUCGCCGCCAUUGGACUCUGGAAACACGUUCUCUGGAGUGACGGAUCACGCUUCACCAUCUGGCAGGCCCCUUAGUUCCAGUGAAGGGAAAUCUUAACGCUACAGCAUACAAUUACUUUCUAGACAUUUCUGUGCUUUCAACUCUGUGGCAACAGUUUGUGGAAGGGCUUUUCCUGUUUCAGCAUGACAAUGCCCCCGUGCACAAAGCGAGGUCCAUACAGAAAUGGUUUGUCGAGAUCGGUGUGGAAGAACUUGACUGGCCUGCACAGAGCCCUGACCUCAACCCCAUCGAACACCUUUGGGAUGAAUUGGAAUGCCAAACUGCCAGCCAGGCCUAAUCGCCCAACAUCAGUGCCUGACCUCACUAAUGCUCUUGUGGCUGAAUGGAGGCAAGUCCCUGCAGCAAUGUUCCAACAUCUAGUGGAAAGCCUUCCCAGAAGAGUGGAGGCUGUUAUAGCAGCAAAGGGGGGACCAACUUCAUAUUAAUGCCCAUGAUUUUGGAAUGAGAUGUCCACAUACUUUUGGUAAUGUAGUGUAUUUCUCUAUGAGUUUAGGGUGAGAAAUAACUCCCAGAUCAUUUGAAAGGUUUGAACAGAAAAUGUGAUCCAGCUCAUAUGAAUGAAACAAUGGUGCUCAAUGAUAAAGCACAACAGAAAAAAAGGACCUGACUAACAAGAAUGUCAGUCAUUAGUCACUGAGAUGUGGUUUCAAAUCCAGUUAGUUCAGAUUAUGCAAUUGAUUAAUUGAAAGGUCCUUUAUUGAAACAAUAGUGUAGUUGGGUCGUUCCACAAAAUAUAUUGUGCACCAAUAUUGGAUUUUAAAAGCCUUUUAUAGAGCAAAAACCAAGCCAUUAGGUUGAAGGAAUUGUCCUUAGAGCUCCAAGACAGGAUUGUGUCGAGGCACAGAUCUGGGGAAGGGUACCAAAAAAUGUCUGCAGCAUUGAAGGUCCCCAAGAACACAGUGGCCUCCAUCAUUCUUAAAUGGAAGAAGUUUGGAACCACCAAGACUCUUCCUAGAGCUGGCCGCCUGGCCUUGGUCAGGGAGGUGACCAAGAACCCGAUAGUCACUCUCACAGAGCUCUAGAGUUCCUCUGUGGAGAUGGGAGAACCUUCCAGAAGGACAACCAUCUCUGCAGCACCACCAUUCAAGCCUUUAUGGUAGAGUGGCUAGACGGAAGCCACUCCUCAGUAAAAGGCACAUGACAGCCCACUUGGAGCUUGCCAAAAGGCACCUAAAGACUCUCUGGUCUGAUGUAACCAAGAUUGAACACUUUGACCUGAAUGCCAAGCGUCACGUCUGGAGGAAAACUGGCACCAUCCCUACAGUGAAGCAUGGUGGUGGCAGCAUCAUGCUGUGGGGAUGUUUUUCAGCGGCAGGGACUGGGAAACUAGUCAGGAUCAAGGGAAAGAUGAACGGAGCAAAGUACAGAGAGAUCCUUGAUGAAAACCUGCUCCAGAGCACUCAGGACGUCAGACUGGGGAGAAGGUUCACCUUCAAACAUGAUAAUGACCCUUAGCACACAGCCAAGACAACGCAGGAGUGGCUUCGGGACAAGUCUCUGAAUGUCCUUGAGUGGUCCAGCCAGAGCCCGGACUUGAACCCGAUCUAACAUCUCUGGAGAGACCUGAAAAUAUCUGUGCAGCGACGCUCCCCAUCCAACCCGACAGAGCUUCAGAGGAUCUGCAGAGAAGAAUGGGAGAAACUCCCCAAAUACAGUUGUGCCACGCACCUGUAUUUUUUUUGUUACUUUUUACCCCCCUUUCUCCCUAAUUUCGUGAUAUCCAGUUGGUAGUUACUGUCUUGUCCCAUCGCUGCAACUCCCGUACGGAACCUCCGAAACGCGACCCCACCAAGCCGCACUGCUUCUUGACAUAAUGCUCACUUAACCCGGAAGCCAGCCGCAUCAACACCGUACAGCUCAAAAUUAAAUCAAAUCAAAUCAAAUUUUAUUGGUCACAUGCGCCGAAUACAACAGGUGCAGACAUUACAGUGAAAUGCUUACUUACAGCCCUUAACUAACAGUGCAUUUAUUUUAAACAAAAAAAGUAAGAAUAAAACAACAACAAAAAAAGUGUUGAGAAAAAAAGAGCAGAAGUAAAAUAAAGUGACAGUAGGGAGGCUAUAUAUACAGGGGGGUACCGUUGCAGAGUCAAUGUGCGGGGGCACCGGCUAGUUGAGGUAGUUGAGGUAAUAUGUACAUGUGGGUAGAGUUAAAGUGACUAUGCAUAAAUACUUAACAGAGUAGCAGCAGCGUAAAAAGGAUGGGGUGGGGGGGCAGUGCAAAUAGUCCGGGUAGCCAUGAUUAGCUGUUCAGGAGUCUUAUGGCUUGGGGGUAGAAGCUGUUGAGAAGUCUUUUGGACCUAGACUUGGCACUCCGGUACCGCUUGCCGUGCGGUAGCAGAGAGAACAGUCUAUGACUAGGGUGGCCGGCGACCGAAGUCAGCGUGAAUGCUCCCGGCUGCCACAAGGCGUCGCUAGGGCGCGAUGGGACAAGGACAUCCCAGCUGGCCAAAUGCUCUCAUAACCUGGACGACGCUGGGCCAAUUAUGCGCCGCCUCUUGGGUCUCCCGGUCGAGGCCGGCUGCGACACAGCCCGGGAUCGAACACGGAUCUGUAGUGACGCCUUUAGCACUGCUCAGUUUUUUUUUUUUAAUAAAUUAGCAAAAAUGUCUAAAAAACUGUUUUUGCUUUGUCAUUAUGGGGUAUUGUGUGUAGAUCGAUGACGUGGAAAAAAACGAUUUAAUACAUUUUAGAGUAAGGCUCUUUUUUAUUAAGUUGAACAUUACAAAUUUGGUUUUCUGGUUAAAGCGCAUCUUUGUCAUGGUGACAUCAACAACCCUGGGAAAAAUGCAGCCUAUUUAGGUUUUGUUGAACCAACAUCAGAUUACAACCAGAUGUAAAAAUGUAAUAAAAACCUGACCAUAAUGUCUCAAAAGACUUAAGUCUGAUGUCUUUUCAACCAAUUAUACCCACUGCAAUCUCUUCAAUUGGAAUAAAAAGACAUCAACUAGCUCAGAUCAUAUCAAACCUGAUUUAAAGCUAAUUUCCUGCAAUUCUACACAUUUUGCCAUGGGGCAGACAGAAACAUUUGCAGUUUUAUAACAAAUGUAAUUCUAUUCUAUACAUUUUCCCAUGAGGCUGAGAGAACAUUUUCCAGUUUUAAAGCUAAUUUUCGGCAAUUCUACACAUUUUGCCAUGGUUUAGGACGUGUUUAUAUGCUAUCUGGGGUGGGCCCCCAACUGACGUGUUCAUAAAAUGUUAUCUGGGGGGCCCCAACCGACGUGUUCAUAUGUUUUUUUGUGGGGGACCCCCUGGAGGUUGGGGCCCCAGGGCAUGUGCCCUGCAUGCCCGUUCGGUAAUCCGUCCCUGGGAAAGGCACCAUAAUUUGUUUGUUAUCUGGUCAGAUGAUUUCAACUAUUUAAAGACGUUAAAAAUAUGUCUAAAAACAUUUAUAAUCAGAACACAACUUCACGUCAACUAGUUUUUCCCACUGGCUUAGAUUACAAUUUAAUAUUGUUGACCUUGUUGCCCUGCCUAAAAACCUUUGAACAAGAAAUCUUACAGAUUGUUUCAUUAAUACACAUUACCCACCAUCCAUGUACCACUAGGGUCCUUUAGCACUGCAUCAAUUAGAAACCAGUCCUGAAGCACUCUUGUAUUAUGCAGGUCUGCGUACCAUCUGAUCAAGUUUACAUUCUAUGUCUAUUUAACCUUCAAACAGGUUUUGUAUGUGUCUUUUUCUGACUGUUACAGUAUUUCCAUGAAAUAUUUUAAAGAAUAUGUUUUGCACAGGAGUUUGGUACAAAUAAAAACCUGCAUACACAAGGGGACUUCAAAACCACAAGGCCAGUUCACCCAUUCCCUGUGCCAAUUGUAUUUCCUUGUCAUGGAUUACUGUAAAAGAAUUUCUUACCUCACCAAUCACGUUUUCCAGCCUUAUUUGUGAUUUCACCGCAAGUGCCUAGUACGGCAGGCCUCGCUAUCGCAAACAUGAUCAAGGACCCUCGUUUUAUUUGCCUUGCGACCUCUUCCUUGACAUAACUGAUGCAUUUGCUCAACCUAUCACUUAAAAGUACAGUAUGUCAAGUUGCACUCACCUGAGGAGAAAAGCGAGGGGUGCCAUGGGAACAACAAGCGAAGAAAUAAAGUGGUGUUUUGGGGUAAGCACAGUUUAGGAUAGUCCUUACUUCUGUUGUUUUUUUCCUAAUUCGUUUCUGUUCCGAACUCCUUUUUUUGUUGAGCCAUAUCUAUCCCGUUUUUCUUCGUCGUGUGUUUGUGUUUUCGUGUGCUUGAUGACACCAUCUAUAUUUUGUGUUAUUCAUUUAGCAUUUUCCAAUGGUGUAAUGAACUUUGAUCGUGUCCAGGCAUUUUCCCAGGUUCAAUGUGUUUACAUACUAGAAGAACAUGUGCAGUACUUGUGUGUUUUUUAACGGUAUUGUUGGGGAAUGUGUGCACUGUGCCUCGAUUAUGAGAUAGACGGAAACCUACUGUCAUUUGCUUCCAAUCUGGCAACCCACUUAAGUGUUUUGUAGAAUACUGUCUUCUAUCAUUUUAACAUACUGUAACACCUCUGCUGUAAUGGCAACCCUAGCUACAACCAUAGAGAGUCUUCCUCUCCCUGUUUCUCUCUGGACUACAUCAGAGAACCCUUAUAGCAUGCACACAGGGAAGGAGAGAUGUAUGACAAUAUAUGUUCCAAUACUCUAUAUGGAUCCCUUUCCUUGUCUCCUUCUUUUCCCUCUUAUCAACUGACCUGAAUGGUACUGGAUAGUUGAGAGCCCAAGCCUAUAACUCUCAACUAUCUAAUCCUUUUAGAUCACUGGUGAGGAAGGGUAAGAAGACGAGGAAAUGAAGCUGUUUCAGUAGUAUUGGGACGUGGUCCAAUACUAGUCUAUAGUCUGUUAGCAUGACCUGGUUGUCCCUCCCCUCUUCCAUCCUAAUGCCCCUCCUUCUGUUUUCUGAUUGGUCUCUUCUGCAGCUGGAGGAUGACAGGCACCACCCGAGGCCCAAUCAGCUGCGGAGGCUGGCCUCCUACGUCUUCUCAUCAUCCACGCUGGAGACGGAGCAGUACCCGCACCCCGGAGGGUCCUUCAUCCAGCGGAGCCGCUCGGCCGAGAGCAGCCCCGCCCACAUGAACACUUCCACGCACAGGCGCCACGCUCCCCUGCAGUGCCCGGGCAGCCCGCGGAGCAGGCACUCAGUCCUGAACGUGUCGCGCACGCAAAUCCAGCAAUUGCUGGCGAAGCUCAUGAACAAGAACGCGAGCUGA